AUGGCUUUGUCUUCCGACACCACGGACCACGCCGCCGCCGAGGGCCUUCAGCGUUCCCCGUCGCCACCAGCGCCGACGGCCGACAACGACGCCGCCGCUGAGGGUCUUCGGCGGCGUGAGCCCUCGCCACCCUCGGCCGCCGACCCGGCCGAGCGUCACAACCACCGUCCCCCGUCGCCGCUCACGACGGUCGACCACGACGACGACGUCGAAAACGGGACGAUCCGGGCGCCCCGCGCCGCGCCCCACCGUUCCAACCUGCAGCCCACCAAGGGCUGCCUCAAGACCCCCAACCCGCCGGGCGAACGUGCGGGGGCCAGGAGCGGCGUGACCUUUGCGGCGGAGCACCGCUGCGUGGUCACGGGGAGGCCCGUCACGCCCCAUCCCAGGGACCGCGCGCGGUGGCAGGCAGGAACGCUGGCGGAGCGGCAGGCCCAGCGGGAUCGGAGGAGGCGGCAGCACGCACGGCGCCGCGGGACCGGGCUGCCGCUGCACACGUCGAGGGCGAUGGGGCGGCUCCGCCAGGAGGAGGGGUGGGUGGGAGGCACGGCCGGGUCUGCCACUGGCGGGGGGAGCGACGCCGUAACGGUGGAGGAGGGUGUUGAAGCCGAAAGCGCGGCCGUCCUGGCCGUGUGGACGGACUUUAACACUGGUUGGAACAAGCGGGACUGCCCGAUUUCCAACAAGGGCGACCGUGCGUCCCACCCGGCCGUGCUUUCUUCGCGGCGGCAGCCACCCGCGGCUUAA